AUGUAUUUAUUUACUCCCACCACCUCUCCCAUUUCGACUUUUUUGUAUCGCUAUCAUUUCCUUUCUCUUGUUUUCGUUUUAUUUUCUCUGUCGUUAUUUUCCUUUGUCUUUCUUGUCGUCUUUUCCGAUUCCUUCCUUUCUUUUUUUUUUUCUUUCUUUCUUUUUUUCUUUCUUAUUCUCUGUCUUUUCUUUUUCUUCUCUGAUUUAUCUCCAUCUCUUGAUAAUUUUCUCUUCUUUCUUUCUUUCUUUCUUUCUUUCUUUUUUUCUUUCUUUCUUUAUUCAUUUAUUUCUUUUUUCACUUUUCUUUUUUUCUUUACCUUCCUAAAAUUUCCUAUUCCAUACUUACUCAUACCACUUCUCUCUCUCUCUCUCUCUCUCUUUCUUUCUUUCUUUCUUUGCCUUUCCUCAAAUUUUCUGUUCCAUUCUUACUCAUACCACUUUUCUUUCUUUCUUUUUUCUUUCUUUCUUUAUUUGUCUUUCCUCAAAAUUCAUCUCCCGUUCUUACUCAUGCCACUUCUUUCUUUCUUUCUUUCUUUCUUUCUUUCUUUCUUUCUUUCUUUCUUUCUUUCUUUCUUUCUUCAAAUUUUCUAUUUCAUUCUUACCCAUACCACUUUCUUUCUUUCUUUCUUUCUUUAUUUAUUUAUUUAUUUGUCUUUCCUCAAAAUUUAUAUCCCGUUUUUACUCAUGCCACUUCAUUCUUUCUUUCUUUCUUCAAAUUUUCUGUUCUUGUUUUACUCAUAG